UGCCAUUUAUGCAGAAAAAGAAUAAGUGACAUUUUCAUUAAAAAAAAAAUGCUUGCUGUUAAUAAUUCAUUUUGUUUGAAACAAUUUGGAAGAAACAAAACCCAACAGAAAUCCUGAGACUUUGGAGAAACUUUCUCAUGGCUAACCCAGUCACUGCACAGCAUGCACCAUGAAGAACAUUGUUGAGAGAAUCAUGGUGUCAUGGAAAGGGAUUUACUUUAUACUCACUCUGUUUUGUGGAAGCUUUUUCGGAAGCAUUUUCAUGCUGGGCCCCUUUUUACCUUUGAUGUUUGUAAGCCCAUCUUGGUAUCGCUGGAUCAACAGCCGCCUUGUGGCAACCUGGCUCACUCUGCCCGUGGCAUUGUUGGAGACCAUGUUUGGUGUAAAAGUGAUUAUAACAGGUGAUGCGUUUGUUCCUGGGGAAAGAAGUGUCAUUAUCAUGAAUCAUCGGACAAGAAUGGACUGGCUGUUCCUGUGGAACUGUCUGAUGAGAUAUAGCUACCUCAGAUUGGAGAAAAUUUGCCUCAAAGCUAGUCUCAAAAGUGUUCCUGGAUUUGGUUGGGCCAUGCAGGCUGCUGCCUAUAUCUUCAUUCAUAGGAAAUGGAAGGAUGACCAGAGCCAUUUUGAAGACAUAAUUGAUUAUUUUUGUGAUAUCCGUGAACCACUUCAACUCCUCAUAUUCCCAGAAGGGACUGAUCUCACAGAAAACAGCAAGGCUCGAAGUAAUGAUUUCGCUGAAAAGAAUGGACUUCAGAAAUAUGAGUAUGUCCUACACCCAAGAACUACAGGCUUUACUUUUGUGGUAGAACGUCUAAGAGAAGCCCCAGACCAACAGCACCAGUCUCCUUCUGAGGCAGAGGAAACGCAUGGUCAGUAUUUCCACCCUGCUGGAGCUGUGCACUUACUACUGUUUUUGUCAUAUAAUGGGGACCCUGGUCAGAGCCGCAGAAAACGUGAGGCAACUAAAACUGUUGAGCUGUUCGCAAACCUGUCUGCUCUCCUCCUGCCUUCAACCAGCCUGAAAAGCCGUUGCUUUACGUACCCUUUUGGCGUGAAUGCCUUUUGCUUAAUUACAACCCAUUUUUGCUCAACGGUGACUUUUACCCAACAAUUGAAACGUGCAUUGCCAUGAAAGGUAAGCACAUUGUGAGUCGAACUUACGGAGGAGAGGGUCCAGGUUGCGUGCAGAACACCGUUGACACAUCACUCGUUGGAGGAGAACUAACGAGUGUGAGUGUGCGUGGACACGCACCAGCCCAUAUUUAACCCCUCCCCGCAGGCCGCCUUCACUCCUGCCAGGAGCUACUAAUUAAUUAUUAUGCAAUCGGCUCCAGACGCAGCUGUUUAAUCCCGUGGUUUUUAAGGUGUUUUCCUGUUUUUUCCCCCCUGAAUGGAAGAGGUUUCUAAUUUGUUUCUCUCAGACCUCCUUUUGGUUAUAUUUGGAAACGCAGAGAGUUUUACAGCCAGCCCCGCAUUUGUCCUGGGCAAAAGAGAAAAGCCGUCUCCUACCCCACACGUGUUUAUACGGUAGCCCACCCAGCCGCCCGCCGUCCGGCGUCUCGGCUCCUCGUUCAAGGGGUAACCUCCGUAGGAUGGCGUGAAACCUGUACAAGAGGAAAGCUCUUUUCUUUCCUUUUUUAAAAAAUGUUUUCUUUGGAUCAUAAAAGACAGGUUAAAGAUAAAAUGCACACUUUGUUUUACCUACCCAAAAUUCAUAGGCACCCAAACUGGGGAAUAGAGACAUUGUACCUGCUUUCAGGAUCAGAAAGGAUAACUUCAAAGAGAAAAAAGGUGGUUUUGUUUUUUGGGGUCUUGUGUUUUUGCAGUAAGUCUUCUUUUAAAGUCGUAAUUCUUUAUGUUCCUACAUAUUGGCCUUUUUCUUUUAAGAUUUUUUAAAGAAAUAUUCAGCAGAUGAUUUGGAACUUAGAGCUUUGUAAAAUCGGUAACAAAAUGUCAAGUAGAAAUUAAUUUAACUUUAAUGUUGUGAUCAGCCUCAGGAAUGACCCCUCCACACCUUCUCACCUCAUCACUGUGGACUCAGAGCAGCUGCUUGUUCUGCGUCUGGACUCGCACUUCCCACCGAAUGCUCUUCCGGCCCUUUGAAGACCAACUCAGUGGGCUGUGAACCGUUU